AUGAGUGAGGAGGGCGAGAGGAUGGAGAUCGACGACCUCCUCUCCGAGAUCCUCCUCCGCCUCCCGCCGGAGCCAUCUUCCCUCCCGCGCGCUUCCCUCGUCUCCAAGCGCUGGCGCGGCCUGUCCCGCGACCCGGCCUUCCUCCGUCGCUUCCGCGCUCGGCACCGCUCCCACGCGCCCCUCCUCGGCGGCUUCUUCACCGACUACCCCACCCCCGCGCACCGCAACAACUUCGUUUCCUUCGUCCCGACGCUGGAUGCCCCCAACCGCGUCCGCUUCCCCUUCCCGGUCGCCGACUUCCCCUGCAUACUAUUCAGCUGUCGCCACGGCCUCGUGCUCGCCGCCUCGGAACACCGGCAAGGGUUCCUGGUUUGGGACCCCGUCACCGGCGACCAGCACCGCCUGGAAGAACCUCCGGGCCUCGACGCGAUGAACGGGGCCGUGCUUCGCACCGGAGAGGGCCAUUUCCGGGUCGUCUUGGUAGGCCACGACGAGCAUCACACGCAGGCGCUCGCCUGCGUUUACUCAUCGCAGACCCGUCAAUGGGGCGGUGUCAUCUCGGCACCGAUCCCACCUGUUGUUUCUAUAGUGACGGAAAUUCCAGGUGUCCUGGUUGGGGAUUCCAUUUACUGGUUGUCUUCUAGGAAUCCGGAUCAUCCGACUCCCAUUCUUGAGUUCAAUUUGGGUACACUGAGCCUAGCCGCGAUACAGCUCCCGGUGAAUAUGUAUGGCCAGGGGAAUCACAGCCUCUGGGUUAUGAGGGCACAGGAUGAUGGGCUUGGAUUCCUCUUCCUGUGGGGCACCGACGCGCAACUAUGGAAGAGGACGAAGAAUGGCGGUGAUGAUGCUGCUAAUUCAUGGACGAUCGCAAAGACUAUUCAAAUGGACAAGCUACUGUCCUUGAACACAGAGGAGGAGAAAAGGAGCCUGUCGAUAGAAGGGCUUGUUGAAGACCGAAAUGUGGUGUUCUUCAGAACAGCUAUCGGUCACUUUAUGGUGCAUCUUGAGUCACUCUGGUCAUUGAGGUGCAAGGAACUUUCCGAAACCCACAUCAUACAUGUGUUUCAUCCAUUCUCAAGUGUCUACACAGCAGCAGAUAAUAGCACAUCUUCAUGA